UGUGAAUAGCUCCGUCCAGCCUAGGAAACGAGCUGGACGGCCGAGCCAGGCCGUGUCUGGAGCGCCUGACGGGCUCAUGCUGCAGCCAGAGCCCUCCCCAGGGCUUGGGGGCCGGGGUCGCCAGCCUGGCCUCCUGCCCGUGCUCCUGGCUCUCCUUGGCAUCGCCUGGGCAGAGGUGCGGCUGCCCCAGCUGCAGGAGCCUGGAGCCCUGAGCAAGAAGGAGAGUUUCUUGCUCCUGUCCCUGCACAAUCGCCUGCGCAGCCAGGUCCACCCCCCUGCAGCCAACAUGCAGAGAAUGGACUGGAGCGAGAGCCUGGCCCGACUGGCUCAAGCCAGGGCGGCCCUCUGUGGCGCCCCAGCCCCGAGCCUGGUGGCCGCCCCGCAUCACACCCCACAAGUGGGCUGGAACGUGCAGGUGCUGCCCGUGGGCUUGGUGGCCUUUGACGAAGUGGUCAACCUGUGGUUCGCCGAGGGGCAGCGGUACAGCCACACAGCGGCCGAGUGUGCCCACAAUGCCACCUGCACCCACUACACUCAGCUCGUGUGGGCCACCUCGAGCCAGCUGGGUUGUGGGCGGCAUCUGUGCUCCGUGGGCCAAACAGCGAUGGAAGCCUUUGUCUGUGCCUACUCCCCCGGAGGCAACUGGGAGGUAAACGGGAAGACAAUCAUCCCCUAUAAGAAGGGUGCCUGGUGUUCGCUCUGCACAGCCAGCGUGUCGGGCUGCUUCAAAGCCUGGGACCAUGCAGGGGGCCUCUGUGAGGUUCCCAGGAACCCAUGUCGCAUGAGCUGCCGGAACCAUGGACUUCUCAACAUCAGCACCUGCCACUGCCGCUGUCCCCCUGGCUACACGGGCAGAUAUUGCCAAGUGCGGUGCAGCGUGCGGUGCGUGCACGGCCGCUUCCGGGAGGAGGAGUGCUCCUGCGUCUGCGACGUCGGCUAUGGGGGAGCCCAGUGUGCCACCAAGGUGCACUUUCCCUUCCACACCUGUGACCUGAAGAUUGAUGGAGACUGCUUCAUGGUGUCUUCAGAGGCAGACACAUAUUACGGAGCCAAGAUGAAAUGCCAGUGUGAUCCGGGGUGGCGGUUACAGAGAAAGGGCGGGGUGCUUGCCCGGAUCGAGAGCCAGAAAGUGCAGGACAUCCUCGCCUUCUACCUGGACCACCUGGAGACCACCAACGAGGUGACUGACAGUGACUUUGAGACCAGGAACUUCUGGAUCGGGCUCACCUAUAAGACAUCCAAGGACUCCUUCCGCUGGACUACUGGGGAGCACCAGUCCUUCACCAGCUUUGCCUUCGGGCAGCCUGACAACCAGGGCUCAGGAGCACAUUUCCCAGUGGGACUCAGGGCCCUGAGGCCUGGCCAGGCAGCUCCCCUCCAGCCCCUGAAUGCACCAGCCCUGCUUGCUUUUCUGCCCACCUUCUCGAACAAUGGCCAGGCUAGGACCACAUGCCCAACAUCCAAAGCAUCUCAGACCUUAUACAUACAGGAAGUUGGACAGAGGGUGGCACCGAGGCCAGUGGGGGAUGGCAAGGAAUGCUAGAGGACCUGGGGCCCCUUAGCCUGCUUUUGAUUGGGAAUAUGGGCUUCAAUUAGGCACCCAAGCAGAAGACAGAGCCAGCAGUCAGACCGCUCUCCUCCAUAUGGCCAAACCCCUGGGGCAGCUGGCGCUUUCCCACUGGAUGCACCCA